GAGCGCGGUUUCCCACCGCCCUCUCCCUCCCCAUCCUCCAGCUCUGCCCUAUUGUUCUCCCUUCCCUCGCUUCCUCCCUCCGCUCUCCUCCAUCCCUCCCUCCUCCUUCUCGCUGUCCCUCCCGCCCCGCUCCCCGGAGCUGAUGUCACGCACCCGCUGAAGGCGCGGGCGAUCAUGGGUGCUGCGGCCGCGGCCGUGCCGCCGGCCUUCAGCUAAUGCCCGCGAUGGAGCCGGCGAGCCUGCUGCGGUUCCUGCGGAAGCUCAAGGAGGUUUUCGACGUCUGCGACGAGGAUGCGGACGGCUUCAUCCGGGUGGAGCACUUCGUUGCCCUGGGGCUGCAGUUCGGCCAAGGGGAUGAGGUGGAAAAACUGGCAAAGUACUUGGAUCCAAAUGAUUUGGGAAGAAUCAAUUUUAAGGACUUCUGUCAUGGAGUUUUUGCUAUUAAAGGAUGUGAGGAGUUACUAAAAGAUGUCCUGUCUCCUGAAAACUCUGGGCCUCAACACUAUGAGCCGCAGUAUGUUGAUUACUAUUACCAGGGUGGUGAAAUCCAGGACUGUGCCUACUUGGACAGUGAAAGCACCUACAGCGAGUUGGAACUCUUCCCUGAUGACGACACAAUGACUCUAGCACAGCAAGAGGUUCACCAUGAGUCUGACAUGGACAGUGCUAUUGAGAGUGCCCAGAGUUCGGAGGCCUCUGACGUGUGUCGAGGCGAGGAGAAGGACAGCAUGCUUGGUGGCCUGUUUCUGCCUGGUGACAAGUCAAGUCCUCACAACCCUUCUGCAGCAUCUGACCUCUCAACUUAUUCAACCGCCUCUCUGAUCAGUAAUGAAGAACAGUUUGAAGACUAUGGGGAAGGAGAUGAUGUGGAUUUUACUCCCAGUAGCCCAUGCCCUGAUGAUGAGACCAGAACCAACGCCUACUCUGACCUUGGCUCAUCUGUGUCUUCCAGUGCUGGCCAAACACCCCGAAAAAUGAGGCAUGUUUAUAACAACGAGUUACUGGAUGUUUACUGCUCACAGUGCUGCAAAAAGAUAAAUCUACUCAACGAUUUGGAAGCCAGGCUGAAAAACUUGAAAGCAAACAGCCCUAACAGGAAAAUAUCGAGCACAGCUUUUGGGAGACAACUCUUCCACAACAGUAACUUCAGCAGCAGUAAUGGCAGCACAGAAGACCUGUUCAGAGACAGUAUAGACUCCUGUGAUAAUGAUAUCACUGAAAAGGUAACGUACCUCGAAAAAAAGGUGACAGAACUGGAGAAUGAUAGCCUGACAAAUGGUGACCUGAAGAGCAAACUGAAGCAAGAGAACACACAGCUAGUUCACAGAGUUCAUGAGCUAGAAGAACUAUUGAAAGACCAAGAAACAUCAGCAGAACAGACCUUGGAAGAAGAGAUAAAGAGACAUAGAGAAGCAUAUAGCAAGUAUGAAAAAGAGAAAGGCACUGAAAUUGAACUGCUAAAUACAAGGGUUCAGCAACUGGAAGAAGAAAAUGGAGAGCUGAAAAACACUGUCGCACGACUGAAAUCACAAACGGAGAGAUUAGACGAGGAAAGGCAACGCAUGUCAGAUAGGUUGGAAGACACUAGUCUGCGACUGAAGGACGAGAUGGAUUUGUACAAGAGAAUGAUGGACAAGCUGCGACAGAACAGGCUGGAAUUUAACAAGGAGAGGGAAGCCACACAGGAGCUCAUUGAAGACUUGCGGAAGGAACUGGAGCACCUGCAGCUGUACAAGCUGGAAUGUGAGCGUCCUGGACGUGGGAGAAGUUCUUCAUCCAGCGUGAGUGAAUUCAACGCCAAAACCAGAGAGGUGGAAAUGGAGCAUGAAAUAAAACGGCUGAAGCAGGAGAAUCAGAAACUUCGUGACCAAAAUGAUGAUCUUAAUGGACAGAUCCUAAGUCUUAGUCUUUAUGAAGCUAAAAAUCUCUUUGCAACUCAAACAAAAGCCCAGUCACUGGCUGCUGAAAUUGAUUCUGCAUCAAGAGAUGAGCUCAUGGAAGCCCUUAAAGAACAGGAAGAGAUAAAUUACAGAUUGCGACAGUAUAUGGACAAGAUCAUUUUGGCAAUCCUAGACCACAACCCGUCUAUCUUGGAAAUAAAGAAUUGAAGAGAAUAUGAGAAGGAAAAGCAGCAACUGCCUGACAUUUCUGCACAUGCCACUGGAUCUAAACAACACUCUGAUACUGUAAAUUAACCUAUAAAUAUAUAUAUAUAUAUAUACAGUACGUGUGAGUGUGGGUACGCGGGUGUGUUUAUAUGAUGUUUGGUACACUGUUAUUUGUCAUUGAAUUGGCUUGGUUAGACUUUUUCCAUGCACUUUCAAUACCUGUGAUAGGAUGGAUACUGUAUAUUAAUGUAAUAACAAUAUAACUGGAUCAUGCUGUCUUAGAUAUUGGACAAAAUGACUCUACCUCUAGCUGUAAAGGUAAAAAAUACAAUGGAAGCAUACAGAUGUGGCCCUAACUUUAGGAGCAAGAAUUGUUCUUUCGUUCUUCCAGGAAUUUGGGUACCACAAACCAAUUAACAUACCCAGGUUCAGUUCCUGACUGGUGCUGACUGUGUAAUUUCCUAUUUGAUUUAGUUUUAGUACUUAAACCACACAUAGGAUUUAAAAAAAAAAAAAAAAAAAAAAAAAAAAACAAACCCACACAAACAAACUUUGGGGAAAAA